AUGUCUAAGGCACUUUCUGCGCCAAUAUGGCUCGAGACUAUGCCAACAGAGAUUCUCAGAAAGAUGGUCGAUUUCACUAUCCCCAGCAACUUCGAUAUCAACGUCAGUAACAUGUUCCACAGCGAUCCCCGCCGCGAGAACCGCAAGAUGACCUCUGUCUCCUGGUCGCCUGAGUGGGUUCCUGAGGUCCGACUCGUUUCACGACGUGUCCGCAAGGUCGUCGAGAUCGCUAUGGUUGAGCAUUGUGGAUUCCACUUCACGAUGGGAGAUCCAGACGUGCGCAAGACCAUGGCUUUGUACGCUGACAAACGUAUUCGACUGGAGAUGCUUGAGUGGCUGAAGGCUCAAGAGGAGUUGCCUUUGCAAGAGAGACAGGGUUCGUUGGGCGUUGUCGUGAACAAGGCCAUCCCUAAGUGGGCCGAGUAUCGUUCUAUGGCUGUUGUGCUGAGAGAACUGAUUCAGGAUGGAACAUACUUUGGGACCAAGCGUCGAUGUGAUUCAGAAGACUCGGAGUAG